GUAGACUGCUUGUGACAAAUUUGCGGAUUAUUUGGCGCUCAUUGUCAUUGCCCAGAGUCAAUCUCUCUGUUGGUUACAACUGCAUUAUAAAUAUAACUACAAGAACUGCCAACUCAAAAUUACGAGGGCAGACAGAAGCUCUGUAUAUAUUGACUAAAUGCAACAAUACACGGUUUGAGUUCAUAUUUACCAAUGUUGUCCCUGGCAGUCCCAGACUCUUCACUUCAGUUAUUGCUGUACACAGAGCUUAUGAAACUUCUAAAAUGUAUCGUGAUCUGAAGCUGAGAAGUGCUUUGAUUCAAAACAAGCAACUGAGACUAUUACCACAAGAGCAAAUAUAUGAUAAAAUCAAUGGAGUUUGGAAUUUAUCAAGUGACCAGGGAAAUUUGGGAACGUUUUUUAUUACUAAUGUGAGAAUAGUUUGGCAUGCAAAUAUGAAUGACAGCUUUAAUGUCAGCAUACCAUAUCUACAAAUUCGGUCAAUAAAAAUAAGAGACUCAAAGUUUGGCUUGGCGCUUGUGAUAGAGAGUUCUCAGCAGAGUGGAGGAUAUGUACUUGGUUUUAAAAUAGAUCCUGUGGAGAAACUACAGGAGGCAGUGAAAGAAAUUAAUUCACUUCACAGAGUUUAUUCAGCUAACCCUAUAUUUGGAGUGGAUUAUGAAAUGGAAGAAAAGCCUCAACCUCUUGAAGACCUAACAGUGGAGCAGGUUCAAGAUGAUGUGGAAAUAGAACCUGAUGAACAUACAGAUGCUUUUGUGGCUUAUUUUGCUGAUGAAAACAAGCAACAUGAUCGGGAGCCUGUUUUUUCAGAAGAACUAGGACUUGCAAUAGAGAAGCUGAAGGACGGAUUCACACUCCAGGGACUCUGGGAAGUAAUGACCUGAUUUAGAUUGGCACAUGUUUGUUUCCUAAGCAAGGAAAGACUCUCAGUUCUUACUGGGCUUGUGAGAUCUGUAGAAGAUAAUUUAGAAAUACCAGAGCAGCAGAGAAAGAACAUGCC